AUGACUUCCAAGAAGGUCAAUGGCGACGGCGACGGCGACGGCGACGGCGACGGCAAGGGCAAGGGCAAGGGCAACCGCAAGCAGCCAUUUGACGUGGCAGCAGACGAGUACCAAUCUCCCUUUUCUCUACCUCCACGUCCUCCCGCUUCCGAUCCUCCCACAGAACCAUCAACGCAGCCGUCAUCGCCAUUCUUUGACGAUGCAGAAAGAGCAGAGGCUCUUGCUUGGGCUCGCGAGCACAAUGGCGAUGGCGAUGCAGAGGCCAACGGCACAGGCACGGCCGCAGAGAUGGGCAUCAGCAUCGGUGGGAGGCGCAGAAGGGACAGCCAAGUGGGCAGCUAUGCCGACGAUGGCGCUCUCAGUUCCAGCAUCUUUGACGGUCCCACAGCUGGUGCCGUGCCAAGCAGCGUGAGCAGGUGAGUGCGGGCGGCAGCGCAUACAUUCACGAUGCACGAUGGCAUACAUUCGCGAUUCGCGAUUCACGAUGGGAUUGCAUCGCGCCCCGCGCGCACUUUCAACCCCCCGCGCUGACUCGGCAUUACCCCCCCCACAGCAUGCACCAUCAUUUGUCCCGCCCUGAGCUAUCUCGCCGCGCUUCCAACAGAUCAAGGCAGCGCAUCUCCCGCGAGUACUCCAACUCGCCCACCCGCUCCCGCAAGAUCAGCACCUCUUCCAUUCGCAGCGGUGAUUUGAUUGAUGCAGAGGCUGACGACACAAGGAGUGCCGCGGCGGAAAGCGUUCAAAGUAUCGCUGCCCGCUCGAGUUUCGGUCGCAAGAGGCGCGUCGCAUCUCGCAGGGAAGCCGAGGAUGCUGUGGAUGCGAGCGAAGAACGUCCCCGCGGCGUGCUCGGCAGCUUCAUGGCUUCGCUUCGAGGCGGACAGCAAGCAUCAGAGGAGCAAGACGCUUCGGGCUCACAGCGACCCCUAAUGAGUCGUCGCAGGAGCUCUUCGUCCGUCGUCAGCCGCUCAUCCCGUCCCUCCUCCUCCGACCGCGGAGGUGGGGGAUGGAGCGAGGAAGAAUACGGCACGGAUGAUGACGAGGAUGCGGACGAUGACCAAGAGGAGGACUAUACAAGCGAUGCAGAUAGCCUGCACAGCAGCACCUCUGAUGAAGAUGGCGAUCGCGGAAGAGGCGGCUUGCUGCCUUCCGCCUUUGGCAUGGUGGGCGGUCAGGUCGACCCGGUCUUUGGAGAUAAUCGAGUCACGUUGGAUCACCAGCCUCGCGACGAGCUGGACGAAGAGCUGGGUGCGAGCGCUACCAAUGAAGCUGCAGCUGGCGACUCGAGCGGCUUUGCGCGUGGUCGUUCUGGCUUUGUUCCCGACAUGGAGGCAGCUGCAGCUGCGCCAACAGCGGCUGCUCAAGAAGCUGCGCGAGUCAAGGAGAGCAUGUCUUACCUGGACAAGGACAGCAGGUCGAAGCAGCAAAUCUAUCUGGCCGAAGACGACACCUUGAUUCGAUUCACUGGCUACCGCUCCGUGCCCACAAAGCAGCUCACUUACACUCUCGCCUGCAUCCUCACCCUCGGCAUCGUCUACUUGCUAGGCCGAUGGCUGCCACGCUGGCGCCUUCGCUGGGUAUGCACACUUGCCGACUUUGAUUCUGCCGAUUUCAUCAUCGUCGAGAAUCAAUGGGGAGACAUGGUCAAGGUCAAGCCCGAUACGGUGCCCUUUGCUCGCCCCCUCGCCACCGUCUUUCCCGUCUCGUCUAGAGAGCCGCCUAGCACGCCUGCAGAGCAUCAGUCUGCUCCUCCCAUCGCCCUGCCGCCUGGUCUAGUGCUCAACGGCAAGUCGGCGUCUGCGCGUAGCAGCAUCGCCGAAGCGUCCAAAAUCGCGCCGCCCGCGCAGACGCGCACGCCAGCCUCUUCGCUACCCAUGCUCGCAGGCGUGCAGACGGAGCAGCUCAUGGAGCUGACCUUUUUAGACUAUCGCUACACGCGCUUCGCUCUCCAUCCGCCUUCGGGCCGCUGGCGCAUGAUCAAAGAUUGGCGCGAUCCAACGUGGACAUCCACCGCUUCAGCCGCCAAGGGCAUCAGCUGGGACGCCGAAAAGGAUCGCACAAUGUUGUUUGGCGAGAAUGUGAUCGACAUUGCGGGCAAGACGACGUGGCAAUUGCUCGUCGAUGAAGUUUUGCACCCUUUUUACAUGUUUCAAAUCGUAUCGAUCGUCUUGUGGAGCAUCGACGAUUACUACUACUACGCCGCUUGCAUCGCUCUCAUCAGCGCUGCAUCCAUCAUCACGACCUUGCUCGAGACCAAGCGCACCAUUGCGCGCAUGCGCGCCAUGAGUCGAUUCACAUGCCCCGUCAGGGUGCUGCGAGAGGGCACCUGGGCCGUUCGUGACAGCUCGGAACUCGUGCCGGGAGACGUGUACGACGUGGCAGAGUCGAGCUUGCUGCUGUUCCCUGCUGACAGCGUGCUGCUCAGCGGUGAUGCGAUCGUCAAUGAGAGCAUGCUCACGGGAGAGUCGGUGCCCGUCAGCAAAGUGCCUCUUGCGGAUUCGGGCAUGGUCGGCCUACACUCGCCUUCAGGAGAAAUCUCGCCUGACUUGGCGCGCCAUUUCCUCUUUGCGGGAACGAGAAUCAUCCGAAUUCGGCCUACUAUGGGCGGGGAGGAUGCAGGGGCAAAAGCAAUGGUUGUGCGCACUGGCUUCGACACGACCAAGGGCGCACUCGUUCGCAGUAUGCUGUUCCCCAAGCCCAUGGGAUUCAAAUUUUACCGCGACUCUUUUAGAUUUAUUGGAUUCCUUGCAGGUAUUGCCGGCGUCGGCUUCCUUGCCAGCUCCAUCAACUUUAUCAAGCUCGGCAUUGGCAUUCACACCAUCAUUCUGCGUGCCCUCGACCUGAUCACCGUCGUUGUUCCUCCUGCUCUUCCCGCGACCAUGAGCAUCGGCACCACCUUUGCCAUCGCUCGUCUGCGCAAAGGAGGCAUCUUUUGCAUCUCUCCCAAUCGCGUCAACAUUGGAGGCAAGAUCAAUGUCGUAUGCUUUGACAAGACUGGUACCUUGACUGCAGGUGAGUCGGCGCGAGUCCGAACCCUGUGCCGAUUUAAAGUCCCGCCGCGCCUUGUGCUCAGCGCUUCUGAUCACGCCCACGCACGUGCCCCCCACGCCCACGCAGACGGCCUCGACGUCUUGGGCACUCGUACGAUCGACCUGCGCGCCAAACGCUUCAGCGAGCUCCACGAGACCGUCGAAGAGAUGCCUGUCAAUGGCAGCAACACUCCGAGCGAUGUGGAAGCCCGCAAGAUGCCCCUUCUGUACGCUCUGGCUACAUGUCAUAGUCUCAAGGUCGUCGAUGGGGAGGUCAUUGGCGAUCCUUUGGAUGUCAAGAUGUUCGAGUAUACUGGCUGGACUCUGGAUGAGGGCAAGGACGCUGCACAAGCGACCACAAAGAGCGGAACGGCAAAGGAUGGCAAGAGUCGACUGACCGAUCGAGCACCUGCGCUGGUACAAACAGUCGUUCGCCCACCCGGUGGUCAACACUUUGAAGUCGAAGAUGCCGUCAAGCCAGGCAAGCAUGCACAUUUUCUCGAAUGUGAGUGGCGUCGAGGGGGGGCGCGCGCGUUUUGACGACGCUACUCGGGCCUGACAGAGAUCCUCCACCGCAGUGGGCGUGCUGCGCACGUUUGAGUUCGUGUCCCAGCUCCGUCGAAUGAGCGUCAUCGUCAAGCGCCUCAAAUCCCCCUCCAUGGAAGUCUACGUCAAGGGAGCGCCCGAAGUCAUGACGGAGAUUUGCGAACGCGAUUCUUUCCCUGCCGACUACGAUGACCUGCUGGCGUAUUACACCAAGCACGGAUAUCGUGUGAUUGCUUGCGCAGGCAAGACGAUGCCGAACAUGAGCUGGAUCAAGGCGCAGCGAAUGAAGCGAGAGCAGGCAGAGAGCAAGCUGCGAUUUUUGGGAUUGAUCAUCUUUGAGAACAAGAUCAAGGAAGGGACCGCGCCGGCCAUUCAAGAGCUGAUGAACGCCAACAUUGUGUGCAAGAUGGCCACUGGAGACAAUCCACGCACUGCCAUUAGCGUCGCGCGCGAGUGUGGCAUGGUCGACCAAUCGGCCCACGUCUUUUUGCCAACGUUUGUGCACGGUGAUCAAAAGUCGCCAGACGCAGUCAUCGACUGGUCGAGCGUCGACGACGAGCGGGUCAAAUUGGAUGCCUUUCGCCUCAAGCCGUUGCGCGACGAUCCGCACCUGGACGAGCUGGACUUUCAAGAUUAUCAGCUCGCUGUAACGGGUGACAUUUUCCGCUGGAUGAUCGACUAUGCGCCAAUCGAGACGCUUCGCCGCAUGCUCAUCAAGGGCACCAUUUUCGCGAGAAUGUCGCCGGACGAAAAGCACGAGCUGAUCGAGCGAUUGCAAGCGCUGGGCUACACCACUGGUAUGUGCGGAGACGGUGCAAAUGACUGCGGUGCCCUGAAAGCCGCAGAUGUGGGCAUCUCUUUGAGCGAAGCCGAAGCGUCGGUCGCCGCUCCAUUCACUUCCAGCUCGCCAGAUAUUUCGUGCGUCAUCGACGUCAUCAAAGAAGGCCGCGCUGCCAUCACUUGCAGCUUUGGGUGUUUCAGCUUCAUGGCGCUGUACAGCCUGAUCCAAUUCACCACCAUCACAUUGCUCUACGGCUUUGCAUCUUCCCUCGGCGACUUUCAAUUCCUCUACAUCGAUCUCGGCCUCAUCAUUCCGCUGGCGGUGGCCAUGGCUCGUGGUCUACCUUUCGACACGAUUCAUCCCAAGCGACCCACGGCGAAUCUAGUGUCCAAAAAGGUGCUGAUCAGCAUGCUUGGACAGGUUGUGAUCUGCGCUUCUGCGCAAUUCUUCACCUUCUUCUACACUCGCGCCCAGCCCUGGUACACGCCGCCCAUUGUGAAUCCGGACAAGCUGGACGUGGUGAACCCGGAAAACUCUGCCCUCUUCUUGGUCUCGUCCUUUCAGUACAUCAUCGUCUGCGCCAUCUUUAGUGUCGGACCACCUUACCGCAAGCCCUUGUACACCAACCCAAUGCUGGUGGCGGCGCUCAUCAUUCUCUCAUUUUGCAGCUUGUACUUUCUCUUUGUCCCCUCUGGAUUCAUCUUUGAGCUCCUGGGACUUGUGGAAUUCCCUCGAAGCUUCCACUUUGCCCUGCUCGCCGUCGUCUUGGUCAACACUGCAGCGUGCUUUGCGUUUGACGCGUACGGCAAGCAGCCCCUCACCUCUGCUAUCAAGGCCAUGCAGAGGUACUGCAGACGGCGCAAUCGUCGCGAUGAGCGCGUCACCAAGAGCGGCAAGGUGUACAAGCAGGUGGCCGCGGGCAUGAUCGAGGAAGCUUGA